ACUUCGACUGACAUGAUGAAUGAAAGGUCUUUGCUUUGACGAAGGUCCACUAUCAGAGAGGGGAGAAACACCUUUCGGCCUUUCCAGUUUCAUAAUAGGAAAAAAAGAAAAGUCGUCUGCCAUAGAACCUUUCCAUGGUCAGCAUUUGGAGGAGUUCUCUGUUUGAACAGCAAUGAAUUCUGUUAAAAGUGCGAGGCAGCGCAUGCUACAAUAUCCCAGGGCUCUGUCCUCAUGCGCCACCCAGGCUACAGGAUAUGCAAGGUGCGUUUCGUCAAAGGACCAUGUGAAAAAAUUGGAUUGUCAGAAAGAGUUUGCUGCUUUGCAAGAAUGUGUGAAGAAUGCUAUGAAACAGAAGAAGUAACAAGUCUGGUUGUAAUGGUCACGUGAGAGCUUCAGUUUUAUUAUUCUUUCGAUCAGAUUCUGAGAAUGAGACAACUAUUCAUGGCCAACAAAAUGUGCCAGUUUGCAGAGAAGAACUGGCACCAGUUGCACAGAUGGGGAAGAGUGUCCUGCUUCUGUAUGUUUCACAGUGGACUUUGCAGCUGCCGGGAUGUGGGGCCAGAAAAGUAUUUAAAUAAGUCUCCAAAUUUCAGAAUAAAUGGAAACGUUGAACACAGAGAGAGGCUGCCUGUGAAAAAUUUAGUUUCCUGUGGAAAUUCUGAACGAAAGUGGCAUAUUGGUGAUAAAUUGUCUGUUUGUUCUUUGAAGCUUAUAGAAAGGUUGUUGAAGUUGUUGACAGAAUACAGUUUUCCCAAAUAUUUGAAUAGCUUCCAGAAUUAUGUCGACGUGUUUGGGAGGUGUAGGCCUUUAUUUUUUAAUGUAUUUCCAGUUUAUGUAUUGCAAACAAAUCUGGACCCUGAACGGCGAUUUUCAAAGCCAGACUUUUCAGUUUCUAAUUAUAGUACAGAAACCAAAGAAAGCCCUGCUCGCGAUCCAAGUGCUGCUGCACUUAAUCAGACCAGCAAAGGGCAGAGUUACCGCAUGUCAGAUGCGAGAAUUUUCCUAUUGGCGAAAAUUCUGAAAUGUAGCAGGAAGAACAUGAAGAUAUUAAUGAAAGAGAAUUCUUUCUUUGAUCAUUUGUCGCCUGAAGUUGUAAAGGAGAAAGUUGAUGUCUUGCAGUCUUUUGGCUUGCCAUUGACAUGGGUGCAUGCAAACCCCAGGGUUUUGUACCAUUCGUCAGAGUUAGAAAUUGUUAAGAGACUAAAGUUGUUGAAAGAAAAAGAUUUUCUCAACACCAACUCUCUUCUCAAUCAAGAUGGCCUUGGGCAUUACCUGGAGUGCAACAAUGAAACAUUUUCCAGUGCUUUCAAGUACCUGUGUGAGAGGAAGGACUCCUUAGAGGGCUGUGUUGACCAGUUGGAGUACUUACAAUUUCGCCUGCAGUGCUCAAAGGAAGAGGCAGAAACUCUUCUGAACUCGUACCCACUCGUAAGAGGAGUGUCCGAAAUUCGCCUAAAGCAGCAGCUGGAUUUCUUUCUGAAGGAAGCAGAGCUGCCACCAAAUUUUGUUAUCAAAUAUAGAAAGCUCCUUGCCUUUUCUGUUGAUAGGCUACGUUCAAGGUGGAAGAUUAUGAGAGAGGCCGGGAUCACCUCCGACAAGAUGUUUGUGUAUGUGUGGUGCAUGACAGAGAAAAAAUUUGUCAUUGACUAUGCUUUGUACGUUACAUAAUGAUAUGCUUUAGCUGAUAGUCUGUUUUAAGCCGAGUUUACGAUUCUGCCUCUGUUGUACUAGCAACUGUAUAGAGUAAAAUACGAAGAAAAGUCUCGUGUGCAUCAUAGAGUAAGAUACGAAGAAAAGUCCUAUGUGCAUCGUAAUUGUUUAGUAUAUUGUGCUGUUAAUAUUUUUCAUGAGUUUUUUUAAUUUUUAAGAUGGUGUUUCUUGAGAGCAAGUGAAUUUAGAGAGGCAGAGAAAACAGUUCAGUGUGACAAAUAUUUUUAAAACGCUUUUAUGGGAAAUAUGUUCCUCCAUUGAAAAUGAAAUCUAUAACCCACUACUUUGUGAUUGUGAUCGCAUUGCUGAUUUCUUUUUUUUUUUUUUUUUUAAUGGGACAGAACUCUACCUGUGCAAUAGUCCCUGUUUGUCCUCGUCAUCUCCCUUUAUAACAGUUUGCAAUGUGGGUACACUCAAAAUGAAACUCGGGGAAACGGGGAUCUGUUGCUUUUUAGUAUCAGCAUGUGAUUACUAAACUUAUUACGUGGUUGCUUCAAAACUAAUUUUGGGCAAAAGUUCCAAGUAUCCAUGCCAGUCAUCUGUAUUGGUCAUCUGUUGCAUGUGGGUGUGAGCAAACACUGUAUUUAAGUAUUUUUGCCACAGGUGCACAGUAUAGAUCAAUGUACACAAUACAUUUAGUAUUUAUGGAUAGAAUCCAAGUGACGUCAUGAUGAUGAAUGUACACAUAUAUUCUUACCAGGUAAUUUCUUUUGUGCGUGCCUUUGUCUGCAUUUGUUUUUGUUGUCAGCUUUGGUGCUGCUAGCAACACACCUUUCGAGCUUGGAGAUGGAUUCUUUAUUAGGCGAAUGUUUCUAAUUUCUAGAGAUUCCUGGGAUGAUUGCCCUUUAGUCUGUGUCCUGGUCAGAUAGGAGAUCAAAGUUCUCCAUUUUCACUUUGACUGUGAUGAGAGAAAAAAAAAGAGAUUCAAUUGUUUGUUUUCCUUGUGUGGGUGUGUGCUGGCAUGUAUGUAUGUGUUCUUGUAUGUGUGUUUGGGGAGGGGGGAGCUUUGCUAGUAUUAAUUACAAAAUUUAGAUUAUAAUGAUGUGGCUAGUGAAAUGUGGUUUUGGAAGUGAUGUUCUACUGUUUCAUCUCUACAGUAAUUGAACGUUUAAGAUAUAUUUAUAUAUGUUAAUGAUUGUCAAUGUAUGGAAGUAAAGCCAAUAUUUUAUCUUUUUUGCCCAUGACAUGGUCAGUUCUAAGGAGUAAAUGCUGUUUUGAGGAGAGGAAGUGAAACACGAGUAAUGUCUACAGCAUGUCAAAAUGUGUAUGAAUGACUUCUGUGACUUAACCUGUUGAAACUCUGUGUUCUUUGAUUACUGGUAAAUAUAUUGAAAAGAGAAUUAAAACUAUUAUUUAUUAA